AAAUCUGCCAACUCUGUCGUGCGGGUGGGACGUUACUCGGAACGUGACAACACUUCAUCCGAUCCGAACAUCCUACCCGUGGGCUUCAAAUCGAAAGUGGUCAGUCGGCGACACUGCGAGUUCUGGUGCACCGAUGGUCAAUGGUUCAUCAAGGAUGUGAAGUCAAGUUCGGGCACGUUUCUCAACCACGUCCGUCUGUCAAGUCCGGGGGUGGAGAGCAGACCUUUUCCAGUGAACGACGGAGAUGUGGUGCAGUUGGGAAUCGACUUCAAGGGAGGAGAGGAAGUCAUAUUUCGAUGUGUUAAGAUUCGCGUCGAGUGCAAUCGCAACUGGCAAAAGUCAUUGAACUCAUUCAACAAGUCCGCGCACAAGCGGCUGUUCAAGAGUGCGCUCAAAUCGAAGACGCGGGACUCGGAUGCUACCAGUGUCAACUCUUCCGAGUGUUCGAUUUGCUUGAACCCUGUGGCGCCAUGUCAAGCAUUGUUCGUCGCGCCUUGCAGUCAUGUCUGGCACUACAAAUGUGUCAAGAACUUGAUUCACGGACCGAGUUACCCAAAUUUCCUCUGCCCAAACUGUCGAUUCGUGGCAGACCUCGAAGAUGAUGUGGAGCCGGCAGAAGAG